AUGUCUGAAUCAAUCGAAUCAAAGGGCCCUCAAACCACUUGCUGUGGUGGUAAAUGCCUCAGCCAGAAGUCUGCAUCAAUUUUAACUUGGAAGAACCCAAUUAAGACUGGUACGGUCUUUGGGGGAAUCAUUGUUGCAUUGUUGCUGAUCCGAUACGUUAAUGUGUUCAAAUUGGUCUUUAGACUGGCUACUUAUGUACUCUUUGCCACUGCAAGUGCUGAAUUCAUAGGUAAGAUUGCUGUCGGUCAGGGAUUCAUUAGCAGAAUCCGCCCUGAUUACUUUGCAAAACUCUCCAGUAAGGCUCCUCUUGUGGCUGAUCACGUCGCCAAGUAUCUGUCUGGAUUUGAGUUGAAGUUUCAGCAAUUGCUUUAUGCUGAGAAUGUGGAAAACACAUUCAAAGCUGCUGGUAUCUCUUACAUAUUGUACAUCUUGACAGGAUUGAUCUCUGUCUGGUGGCUGUUAUUUGUGUCCACCCUUGUGGUUUUCACUGUACCUAAGCUGUACGAAAUCUAUCAGAAAGAGAUUGACGAAGCCGUUACCCGUUAUGCCGAAGUUGCAAAGAACAAGGCCGACGACUUACAGACUCUAGCCAUUGAGAAAUCAAAGCCUUUAUUGGAUAAGGCUGAGACCCAAUUGGGACCAGUAGGCAAGUACGUCAAGCAAGCUUUCCCUGUCAGAACUGCAUCCACCUCAGCCAAGGCUGACAUUCCUGCUGAAACUUCUGAGAAGGAAGUCCCUAAAUCUGCUGCUGAUGUGAAAAUUUCGGAGACUGCCUCUGAGAACAUAAGCGAAUUGCCAUCCGCUCCAACCACCAAGUUGGAAGACUUUGUUGCAGACGUUGAGAAGAAGACUGAUGAGUCAAGAGCAGAACUUGCUGCUGAAGGAGUUGCUUUGUAG